AUGGCGGCAGCAGCAUUGACAAAAUGCGCACUGCGUGCAUCCCGACUUUCGGCAACGCAUCAAUGCUUUGCUAGCAGACAAGCAUCACCAAUCUUCAAGAGGUUCCUAAGCGCUCCUGCCGAGCAACCAAGACUCCGCCUUGGAUCAAUUGCCCCCAACUUCCAAGCCCAGACGACUCAAGGAAAUAUCGACUUCCAUGAAUUCAUCGGUGAUAAGUGGGCCAUUCUCUUCUCCCACCCAGCAGACUUCACUCCAGUCUGCACCACCGAGCUCGGAGCAUUUGCCAAACUCCGCAGUGAGUUCGAAAAGCGCGGCGUGAAAAUGAUCGGGCUCAGCGCCAACGAUCUCGGCUCUCACGACAAAUGGAUCCAAGACAUCAAUGAGAUCUCCAACACCCAGCUGUCGUUCCCAAUCAUCGCCGACGCAGAUCGCAAGGUCGCGUUUCUGUACGACAUGAUUGACCAGCAGGACUUGGAGAACAUUGAUGAGAAGGGCAUCGCCUUCACUAUCCGCUCUGUGUUCGUUAUCGAUCCCAGCAAGAAGAUCCGCUUGACGAUGAUGUACCCUGCUUCGACCGGCCGCAACACAUCUGAGGUUUUGCGAGUUAUUGACAGUCUCCAAACUGGCGACAAGAAGGGAGUGACGACUCCGAUCGACUGGCAGGUCGGUGAGGAUGUGAUCGUGCCGCCUAGUGUCACCACUGAGGACGCAAAGAAGAAAUUCGGAUCGGUGCGCGAAGUGAAGCCGUAUCUGCGUUACACUCAGAUCUAG